AAUAGUUAUAAACUUUGACUCUUGUAUGGUUCGUAUUAAUGUUGCGGCACAUGAUACAUGCGGCUUAGAGCAAAUCGAAAAGGAACUAGAUGUACCUUUGGAUCAUGACAAUCAUCGAUUUGUCAAAUGA